GUUUCAGUCGUUGCGUCUUCGUACACGAAUAUUGUUGCAAGAAUACUAUUGUACCAGUACUCGUUAACCAAGAAGAAGAAGACUAUCGGCAAACUAUAGCGACCAUGAGGUCGGUCGUAUUUGUGGCGUUGAUUAUCGCGUGCGCGUUUGCGCUUCUCGUCGAGAAUGCGUACGCCAACACUUCGACCACAGCCACCCCCAAGCAAGUUAAGGAACCAAAGGAGAUCAAGGAGACCGCGACAGCAUCGAAGGACCUCAAGGAUGCCGUCAAGGCAGCCAAAGAGGCUAAGAAAAAUAAGAAAGACUGCUUGAAGGAGUGUGGAACCGAAUACGAGCCGAUUUGCGUUCACGACCCGAACGAUGCCAACUACAAACCUAGAACCUUCGGUUCGCAGUGCGCUUUGGACGUUCACAACUGCGAGAUGGGAACGAAGCUGGCGGUGAAGGACAAGGGCAAGUGUCCUGGGACCGAGAACGAAAGACUUGGUUAGGACAUGGCCGGUAAACCUUACCCGCUUCGCGUGUCCGCUUCCUUCGCCGCGUCGACGCUCGGACGAAGAAUCCCAAAGCGAUAAAACGUUGGACUCGCUUUCCGACUUGCAGCGUCGCGACGGACUACCGACCGACAGCGCUUCGAAACCAUUUGAUUCGCCGUCCAUGUAAUCGAGCUUUCAUUUUGGCUUUAGCUUUAACGAAAAUAAAACUCUUCAACAGAAAAAGAAA